GGCGGCGGACGCUCGUCCUCCGCGGGUCUCCCCGGUCUUUUCCCGCCAUGUCGUUUGUAGCGAGUGCCCGGUCCGCGGCCGCGCGACGGCGCCGCCGGGUCACCCCGGGCCCCGCGGCUCGGCCUGGGUAUUCCGACUUCACUCAGGGGGACGGCUGGGGGGAGGGCGAGGUCGACGAGGACGAGGGCUGCGACCAGGUGGCCCGCGACCUGCGGGCAGAGUUCUCAGCCGGGGCGUCGUCGGAGCCCCGGAGGGCCCCGCUUCUCCCGCCCGUCGGGGACGGGUCGCCCGUCCUGCCCGAUAAGCGCAACGGCAUCUUCCCGGCCACUGCGGCCGCCAGAGCCCAGGCUCGGCGCUGGCCCGUCCAGGUCCUCUCCAUCCUGUGUUCGCUGCUCUUCGCCGGCCUCCUUGCUUUCCUCCUCGCCAUCGCCUACCUGAUCGUUAAAGAAUUGCAUGCAGAAAACUUGAAAAAUGAAGAUGAUGUAGAUACUGGGCUGUUAGGGUUCUGGUCUCUGCUGACACUGUCUCUAACUGCUGGAUUCUCCUGUUGCAGCUUCUCUUGGACAGUGACUUAUUUUGAUUCUUUUGAACCAGGAAUGUUUCCACCUACUCCUCUUUCACCUGCUAGGUUCAAGAAACUGACUGGACAUUCUUUCCACAUGGGCUAUAGUAUGGCAAUUUUGAAUGGUGUUGUAGCUGCUCUUACUGUGGCAUGGUGCCUCAUGUAAACCCACAGUAGGGCAAUAUUGUUGGUGAAAGUCCUGAUUGUUUUAUAAUAACAGAAAUGAACAUUGCCUACUCAGAAGACUAUGAAAUGUGAUUCAGAUACAUACGUCGUCAUCAUUAUGGAAGAACUUAUAGAACAUCAUUUCAGAUACUAGGCAAUGGGAAUAUCUUAAAAGUAUAAGAUGUUUACCUCAUCUUUUUACUUUUGCUUAUGUAGUUUUAUAAGUUACAGAAAAUAUUUUAAUGGAAAUCAAACUUGGAAACUUGAAUACAGGAUAAUGCCUCCAUUUCUAUGUAUACUCUUUUUUUUUUCUAACAAAUGUUGAUGUUACUGGUUGAGAUAGAAGUAUUUCUUAUUUAUAUAUUACAUUAAAAAAAAACACUGCUAACCUGCUAAACCAGGUUCCCUGUUCAGUGAGACCGUUGCAAGAAAAAGAAGAAAACAAUGCCUUUGCUUUUAACAUUUUAUAGAAACUAUAUCAGUGUCUUUGAUAAUCAAUAGAAUGCAAAUGUACAUUUAUAUUUUUUAUGGAGUAUACCUAGGGGUUUUAUAUAUUUUCAUAAUAUUGAAUUUAUGUUUUUAAAAUGAUUACAUUUAUACCUAUAUGACUGUAAACUUCAUUUCUUAGCUGGUAUAACCUGUCCUUUACUAAGUAUUUUUUUUUAAAGCAUUAAAGCACAUUGAUUUGAGUUUAAGAUUAAGUAAAUUUAUUUUUUAACAAAAAAAUAUUGAAAAUUCAGGGUAAACUAUUUGUCAUUAUAAUGUUAAGAAAUUUGAAACUGUUAACCAUUUCUAUUUUCCACAAUUGAAAGUAUUUAUUUUGAUGUAUAUAUUGGGGUGGCAAAACUUGUACUAUUUUGUUUUUAGUAAAUGAAAACCUGAAUGUUUUUUAAGUAGAAAAGGUAUUUUGAUAUUAUGUAUAUGUAUAUGUAAUUAAAUUUCAAUGUGUAUGUUGUAAUAUAGAUAUAUAUAUAGUUUUAUACUUUUUCUGCUUAAAUAUUUUGUCAUGUUAAGAUUUUUUGUUGUUUUCAUAGUAAUUAAACCUUAACUGUUUCUGUCUUGCUCAAUAUUCUAAGUGUUUAGAAAGUCAACUCAAUUUUAGAAAGUUGAAUGAUUUACACAGCUCUUUUUCCUGGCUGUAGAAAAACUUAGGUAAGGAAAACAUUGUGUAUUCUAGCUAAGUGGGAAAAGAGUUUAUGUAGUGCAUUUGCAGCCCCUGAUGAAUGCUGGCUUCUAAAAGUCUGAUGUUUCCUCUGUAUUCUCAAAAAUAAGAAAAAAAAGUCAUUUCCAUUUAAUUGGAAAUGGCUCAUAAUUUUCUAAUUUAAAAUGAGAGAUGGAGAGGGACAUAGACAGGGUCUUACUAAAUACCAAUCUAAUGGCUUAAGUAUUCCAUCAGUUAUGAUUGUUAGAAUGAUUCUAUUGUUUUUUUUUUUAUUGGCUCGUUCUCAUACAAUAUAUUUGACAUUCUUUUCAUUGCAGCUCUGUCUAGAUUUUCCCCACCUCCCUACCCAUCCAACUUCAUGUUCUCUCCAUCUCAGGAAAAAAAAAGAAAUCUUUUUGUUUGUUUGUUUGUUUGUUUGUUUGUUUGUUUGUUUGAAUGAUUCUAUUUUUUACUCUCAGCCUUCUUACCUCCUUUUUUUCUACCCUUUUAUCUCUAAAGGACUCAUUACAAAAAUAUGUUCAAAUUGUAAAAUUACUUUAUCUCCUCUCCACCUGUGUAUAACUCCAUCCCCAUUAUCAUCCCAAGUUAGAAUGUCUCCUUCCAAAUUCUUUGUGUAAUGACUAAGAUUAAAGUUUAUUAGUCUAUUAUUCAUACACAAGGUAGCCUCAUUUAUAAUGUAGAUUAAACAGGACAUAUAAUAUACUAUUUUGUAAGAACACUAUGUCUUAUGGACUAGCAGUCUAUGGGAAAAUGUCUGUUCAUUCUCUGUACCUAAGGUUGGGUUUCAGUAUAUGAGGAAAGUGAUUGAGGUUAUUUAUCUUAGACCAAGCUCUCUCCUGGCCACAGUGAUUGCAAUAAGAAUAGAGGGAUCUGAUUCAAAUCAGCAAAUUUCUAGGAUUUUUCAGUUUGAAACAAAGAUAAGAAACUGAGACAGGAACCCAGGAAAUGCUGGCAGUCAUGUGAACCGAGCUUAGUAGAAAAAGAUAAAGGUGAAAUGAAUACUGCUAAUGAUAUUCUCCUGGUUCUAGAAAGCUAGUGACAACCUGCCAUUCUUGAAUCUUGGUUACAAUGUUUUGGUAUGUUUGUUUCUGCUGUUUACAUAGGCUUUUGUCAUUUGCACCACAAAGUCAAGAUGAAGUCACCUAGCAGUUGGAAUCAUCCAUCUCUAUUAGUAAUGUCAGACAAUCAUGUAGUAUUAUCAAUCAUGUAGUAUUAUUUAUUUGUAAAGUAUACAUAGGGUAUGAGUGUGCUUAUGUCUGAUGAUUAAUUAGUCUCAGGAACUUCAAAGGAGCUUUAGAGUAAAGCUAGAUACUCAUUUUAGUGUUUCAUCAGGAAUUUUGUUCCCAAAUUGAGCUUUAAAUGCUAUCACAAUUUUGUACUAUCAAAACAUUAGUCUAGUUUUAGUUUUAAGUUUUUUAAUCUUAGUUUCCCAGUUUCUUUACCUGCUAAAGGGAAAAAUUAAUACUAAUCUAAGACAUUUCAAACUGAAAACUGAGUACAAUAAUGUUUGUAGGACCUUGAUAAGACAAUAUAAUUUAUAAUUUUAAAUAUUUAUCAAGAUGUGGGCUGAAAACUAAUGAACUAAGAAUGAAAAUCAGUCCAGGCAGUGGUGGUGCACGCCUUUAAUUUCAGCACUCGGGAGGCAGAGGUAGGUGGAUCUGUGUGAGUUCGAGGCCAGCCUAGGCUACAGUGAGUUCCGGGAAAGGCGCAAAGCUCCACAGAGAAACCCUGUCUCAAAAAAAAACAAAACAAACAAACAAAAAAAUGAAAAUCAAAAGUUAAAAUUUCAGAGUAACCAGAAAUAUUGGAAAUGAAAGGAUGUUAUUAAUCAGUAGAGAGUGGAAUAUAUAUAUCACUAUCAAAUACUGAUAAUGGGUUAGUUAAUCAUAUAUAAAAGGUUUUCUCAGUCAAUUUUUACAUUUCUAUUAACUUUCUUGACAUGUUAAUUAGGAUCCUAUAUCUCAAGUAACAAACCACUUGACUAAGGAAAAGAAAAAUUGACAUAUCUACUUGGCCAGGAUCCAAGAAAUGUUCAAAGGUAAAGGAAAAAGCACUCAAGUAGCUAAACUCAGUGUGUUCACUAACCCAUGGAUGCAAACCUAAUGAACCAAGUUUAUCUUCCUGCAAAAGAAAAUGAAGGCCUUUAAAAAGGUUUUAUUUUUUAUGUUAUUUUAUUUUUUAAUUUUUAAUUUUUUUUUUGUCUCACCUUCCUCAGUCAGUUUAUGCUGUAUGUUUGGAAGCCCUCAAUUUGAUUCUGUGAUGCUGUUACUCUUACUUGGAAGUAUUAAUGGAGGGAACACAGUGAUCUAUCUAGAACUCUGAGAGGACUUCCACAACAGACUUCUCUAGUCAAUUUCUUCUGCAUGUUUUGAGUACCUGAUUAGAUAUGUCUAUCACAUUUUAUACUUUUACUUUGGCUUGCCAGUAUACUUAAACUUAAUUCAAAACGAACAGUGUGGCUAUCAUAGAUCGUCUCCUUACUGUACAGAGCUCUCUUGAGCUUCCUGAUCUUUGUGUUCUCUGCUGAAUAAAUUCAGACAAGAUA